AUGUCUGCCUUUCUCGAUAAGUUGAAGGUGACUAGAAGCGAAGGGAUGUCUGGCAUUGGGCCCGAUCAAGGCGCCCUGAGAGACAAACUUGAAAUGUCAAAUGAGCAAUGUUCAGGAGCAGAUUUCAGUGACGAGCUAGGCAGUGGCAAGGGCCAAGAGCUAGACCGAGCACCCAAUGCCUUUGGUGGGCCGUCCUUUGGUCGAACCAGCGCAAUCCCGAGGCAUGAAUCUGAAGCAUUGAACAAGGUGGAUCCUAGGAUUGGAUAUGAUGCAGAUGAAAUUCGUCAGGAGGAAUUGGAACGUUACGAAACAAAGUACGGCAAGCCUUCUGGUAACAUCUCCGACGCUCGGAUGCGUGGAACGGAAAUGGCGGGCAUCGGUCCAGAUCAGAGCGCCCUCGCUCAGACUCCGGGGUUUCGAGCCAAAUUGCAUGAGCAGAGAAAGGCAGAUCGACCUGAAAAGUGA